AUGGAGCAUGGAAGCAUGAACGAUGAGGAUGCUCGUGAGGAGAGGAGAAGGGAGGAGGGGAAUAAGGAGGAGGGGGGUAAGGAGGAGGGGGGUAAGGAGGAGGGUCAAGUUAGAAGCAGGGCAGGGUUUGAUUAUGAUGAUGGUGUGGGGGAUGGGCGUGUUGAUGGGAGGAAGAAGGGAGGGGGGGAGGAAGAAAGUGAUGGUGAUGAGGGUGCUGGUGAGAGCGAGGGAAAGGGGAGUAAGAGGAAUGAUGCUCAUAGUGAUGAUGAUGAUGGGGAUGGUGGUGAGUUGGAGGAGAGGACGAAAGAAGAGGGUCAGAAGAGGAUGAAGAGGAGUGCAGUGCGGUACGAGGAAGAAGAGGAGGGGGAGGAGGAGGGGGGAGAAGACGGGGUGGGGGGUGGGGGAGGGAAAGCGAAAGGGAAACUGGAUGGUGGUGCGAGCGACAUAGGUGCGAGCGACAUAGGUGCGAGCGACAUAGGUGCGAGCGAAAAGGAGGAGGAGGAGGAAGAGGAGACGGGGAAGAGUUUGGAGUCGUCUCAAAAGGCACAUCGAAAUCGUAAGGGUGGUGAGAGUGACGCUGGGCCAGAGGACGAGGGAGAGGAGGAGGCGGCGGAAAGGGAGAGGGAGGGUGCCAAGAAGGGGACUGUUAAAGGUGUUUCUGAGGAGGAAAACGAGGAAGAGGAUGGACAGGAGAAAGCACAGGAGCAGGAGGAGAAGGAGGAGGACGACGAGGGGGGUGAGGAGGGGGAGGGGGAGGUGCCAGCAAAGGCACAGAAGCGGCAGGAGGAGGGGGAGGAGAAGGAGGCUGAGGAGGAGGAAGGAGAGGCGCCGGCAAAAGCACGGAAGUGGCAGGGUGCGGAAAAGAGGGUGGAGGAGAAGGAGGGUGAGGAGGAGAGGGAGGAGGAGGAAGGGGAGGCGCCGGCACUGGUGCCGGUAUAUGAAACGAUGCACGGCAGGGAGGUGGUGUGGCAGGUGCCACGUGGCAACAUGCCAUUGGCAGGCGUGGUGUUCUUUGCGCACGGGUGCACACACCGAGCCACUCACUUCUGGCCGCCCCACCGCUCCUGCCCGUCCUGCCUGGGCCUGCCGGAAGACAUGGCUCUCGUGCAACAUGCAUUGAAGAGACGACUUGCAGUGAUUGCCAUCUCAAGGUAG